ACAUAUGAUAAUUGUAAAUACGAGCUUCUGAAUUUUUGCGAUGACGUCAGAAGCGAGAGUUUUGGAUUCGUUUCACGAACAUGCCGAGUGAGGGCGUACUUGAUUUAUCGAGGAUCUAAAUUUUCUAUGAGAUAGAAUGAAAGUCAUUUUGGGAUUGUUUCUAAAAUUCAUGUUAAUCUGGAGAUGCCAAUGUUAUUGAACAGUUCAAGUUCAAGUUCAAGUGAGAGAUUGUAACUGCAAUGGUCAUUAAAGUCUUUAAGAAACGUCGAACUCGUGUGAUAAUAUUGGUACUCAUCUUGUUGUCACUAAUUCGUCACUCCAGAGUUGUUAGAACAUUUCCAAAAUUUGAGUUAGUCAUCUUGUCACAAACGCCAACCUCCACAUUAGUUCAAUAACAAGCUAUGAACUUUUGGAUCAAAGAUGAGUGACAUUCCAAAGACAGCUGGGGCUGCGGCACCCGAUGUCAGACCUGAAGAUUCUGCAAGCAACUGUGGUCGAAGUAUUACAAGCUCUGUGACCAGCAGCAGGGCAAGGAGAGAUGCAGCUGCGAAAAAGGCUGCUCUGAUGGCUCAAGCUCAAUUGUUGCAGGAGCAACAGGCAUUGGAACUACAGACUUUGCAAUUACAGCAACGGAUGGCUGAGCUGAAGCUGAAAUCGCAGAUUGCUAGUGCUGAAGCAGAGGAGAAGGUGUAUAGAGCAUCUGAGGACAAAUCAGGAUUACCAGAUAAUCUUCCUUCAGGCAUUCAGUCAGCUAAUGAUGAUACCCUGCCAUAUCCUCGUCCUGACACAUCAGAGUCGAUGAUGAAGAUUAUUCAUGAAGGUCAGCAGCAACAGAGAAGGCUGAUAGAAUCUGUCACACUACCUCAAGCUGAUUUGAUGAAAUACGAUGGCAACCCCUUGAGGUAUUGGGAAUUUUGGAGAGCCUUUGAAAACAGUGUGGACAAGACUGCAGUAGAUGAUUCUGCUAAGCUGACACGCCUGUUUCAUUUCUGCACUGGUGAGGCUCAUAAGUUGUUACAAGCCUGCAUGGUAAUGGAUCCCACUGUUGGUUAUAAGAAAGCCAAGCAGAUGUUGAAAGAACGAUUUGGCAACCCUUACAAGAUAGCAGAUGCUUGGAUUCAAAGAGUUACUCAAGCUACAAAGAUUGAGCCCAACAAUAAGAAGGCUCUGCAAGAUCUAGCAGAUGAACUUCAUAUUUGCAUUCAAACGCUAGAUGCUAUGGGCUAUAAGUCUGAGCUGUCACCCCAGAAUGUCAUCUUACGGAUUGUCGAGAGACUUCCUUUCUUCUUGAGGGACCGAUGGUUAAAGGUGGUAGCCAAUAUCAGGAAGCAGAACCGGCUGCCACAGAUUGAGGACCUUUUAUCUUUCAUCCAGGAAACCUCAGCCCAACAGAAUGAUCCAGUAUAUGGACGACUGACUGAUCUGAAGCCUGGAUCCAAAGAUCAGUCAAAAUCGUAUCCCAAGAAAACAUGGGACAAGAAGGUAUCUAAGACACAGGGGAGAAGCUCAUACUCUACCUCUAGUAGCCCAGUUCCUGUGAACGUCAAGCCCUGUCUGAUCUGUCAAGAAAAACAUACACUUUUUGGCUGUGAUCGAUUCAAGAAAAUGCCACCAGAAAAGAGACUCCAGUUUGCUAAAGAGAAGCGGUUAUGUUUUAACUGCCUUCGUCCUGGUCAUAUGUUGUCAGCCUGCAACUUGAAUAGAACUUGUUCUGUUGAAGGUUGUGGAAGGAAGCAUACCAAGUUCCUUCAUCAGACGAAGAAGGCACCAUCAAGAGCACCUGACAAUCAAGUCGAAGAUCCCCCACAGAAUCAGGAAGGACAAUUAACAAGUGAUGGGGCCUCUAAUGGUUAUGUAGACAGUGAUGCUACAGGGGCCGGCAAGCGGAGUGUUCUUCCAAUUGUUCCAGUAAGAGUGCAAAGUGAUGGCAAGAAUUUUAUUCAGACGUAUGCUCUGUUGGAUACUGGAUCAACCCAUUCAUUCUGUACAGAGGCAUUAGCUCAUCAUCUGGGAGCUAGAGGAAGAAGUCAUCAACUUCGCCUGACAACUAUGGUUAAGAGAGAUGAUCACAUUGACACAUCAGUGGUCAGCCUUGUGGUAGACUCUGGGCCAUCCACAGACCGGAUUUAUCUUCCUCAUGUCUGUACUCGGAAGAGAUUGAACAUUCAGAAUUCUCACAUGGCCUGUAGAGAAGACAUCAUCAACUUGCCAUAUCUCAAAGGUAUUGAUAUCCCAUUGGCAGGGGAACAUGAAGUUGGCUUACUGAUUGGUCAAGAUACUCCAAGAGCACUGAUACCCUUAGAAGUACGCAAAGGAGACAAGGGACCUUAUGCUGUUAGAACUGCUCUAGGGUGGUCACUUCAUGGUCCGAUCGCUUCAAGAGGGAGAUGUGAUGCCUCUACCAAUUUCAUUCAAGGAGACACCUCUCUUGAUGAACAAGUCCAGAAGUUCUGGAAACUGGAGGAUGAGAAUUCCCUAUUCGAUGAUGAGAGAGGUAUGUCAUUUAAUGACAGGAAAGCAGUCAACAUCUGGGAGGACACCAUCACUUUGGACAAUGGUCACUACCAACUAGCCAUACCUUUCAAGGAACGCCCCCCUAGUCUUCAAGAUAACCGUUGUAUAGCGGAGCAUCGACUUCAGACUCUUGGAAGAAGGCUAGAAAGAGACACCCAUCUUCAUGAAAAAUACAAGGAAGGCAUAUCCGACCUCCUUCAGAAAGGAUAUGCAGAAGAAGUAUCUGAAUCAGACGACCAAGAUCAAGCUGUUACCUGGUACAUUCCUCAUCAUCCGGUAUUCCACCCUAUGAAACCAGGAAAGGUUCGCAUAGUGUUUGACUGUGCUUCUAAGUAUAAAGGACAAUCGCUAAAUGAUGUUGUACUCCAGGGUCCUGAUCUCACCAACAAAUUGAUCGGGGUUCUCCUACGUUUUCGUCAAGAGAGAAUUGCCAUUAUCGCCGAUAUAGAGGCAAUGUUUCACCAGGUCAGAGUUCCCCCGGAAGAUCGAGAUGUACUCAGAUUUUUAUGGUGGCCUGGUGGAAACCUGGAAGAGACCCCCAAGGCAUUUAGGAUGUGUGUCCAUCUGUUCGGCGGCACAUGGAGCCCCAGUUGCUGUAACUUCGCUAUGCGACGUACAGCUGAAGAUAAUCAUGGACAGUGUACUAGUGAUGCAGCCAAGGUGGUGCAAAGGAAUUUCUAUGUUGACGACUGCCUGGUGUCACUACAGGAUGAGGAAAAGGCUGUCAAACUUGCUACAGAACUCAGAAUGCUACUUCAGAAGGGAGGAUUUCGACUGGCUAAGUGGCUAAGUAACAACCCAAGAGUCCUUCAGACUAUCCCUUUGGAAGAUCGGGCAAAACAAGUAGCAGGACUCGAUCUUAAUCAUGAAGCCCUACCUGUUGAACGUGCUCUGGGUAUGAGAUGGGACAUAGAGCAGGACUGCUUUACCUACAAGAUCAACCCAAAGGACAAGCCUUCAACUCGACGAGGAUUACUCAGUGUAGUAUCUUCAGUCUAUGAUCCCCUAGGAUAUGCCAGUCCAUGUGUGCUGCAAGCAAAGAUGAUCUUGCAGGAGCUAACAAGACAGAAGUUAUACUGGGAUGAACCCAUUCCAGUUGAAGAGGCACAGAAAUGGAAGUCUUGGUUGGAUGAACUACCAGAGAUGGAAGAAUUUGAGGUUAACAGAUGUGUAAAGCCUCAUAACUUUGGUAAGGUAACAGAUUACCAACUCCAUAACUUUGCAGAUGCCUCAGAAGUUGCUUAUGGAGCUAUGACAUAUCUAAUGAUGACAAGUGAAGAUGGUCAAGUACAUUGCAGUCUGCUAAUGGCCAAGACACGUCUUGCUCCACUGAAGAAGUCAACCAUACCACGACUUGAGUUAAUGGCUGCUACCCUAGCAACAAGGAUGGACACCAUGAUCAGAAGGGAACUGGACUUUCCUAUCACCAAGUCAACAUUUUGGACAGAUAGCAUGAUAGUUUUGAAUUACAUUCAAAACAAAGAUAAGAGGUUCCAUACCUUUGUAUCCAACAGGCUUGCUAUCAUUCACAAUGCUACAGAGAUGGAUCAAUGGUACCAUAUUGACUCAACCUUGAACCCAGCAGAUAUCCUUUCAAGGGGCAUGCCUGCAAGUCAAUUGAAGGAGAGUUCGAGAUGGCUUAACGGACCAGAAUUUCUUCAACUGCCACAAGAAUUUUGGCCUACGUUUCCAAACGAGAAGCAAGGGAUUGAUGAUGACGACCCUGAAGUAAAGAGGACAAAAGGAAUGCAUAAUUUUGCAUCAAGCUGUGAUCAUGAAGACUGCAUUGACAAACUGAUCACACACUUCUCGGAUUGGACCAGGCUAAGAAGAGCAAUUGCAUGGUGGCUUAGACUGAAGAAAGUUCUCCAAGAGAAAGUGAAAAAGACGACACCAAUCCAAGACAGAGGCAAAACCUUAUCUGCCAAGGAAAUUGAAGGUGCUGAAAAGGUCAUUUUUCAGUAUGUACAGAGUCAUGCAUUCUCAGAGGAGUUGAGUGUCAUUAGGGAUUCAGGUAAUUCAGUCCCUAAAGUCACAAAAGGAUCAAGACUGUACAAACUAGACGCAGUUUACCAAGAUGGCCUGCUUCGAGUAGGAGGACGGUUAAGACAUGCAAUGAUACCUAGUGAAGCCAAACACCAAGUAAUAUUGCCCAAGAAGCAUCACGUGACUUCACUUCUUGUGAGACAUACACAUCACAGAGUUGGACACCAAGGACUGAAUCAUGUGUUGGCAGAGAUACGACAAAGAUAUUGGAUUCUUGGUGCUGGUGUUGUUGUAAGGAGCAUGUUAAAGAAAUGUGUUAACUGCCGCAAGUACCAGGCUAGACUCGGCAAGCAGAAGAUGUCAGAUCUCCCAUCAUUUAGACUUGAAGCUACCAAACCGGCCUUUACUAACGUAGGGAUGGACUAUUUUGGGCCAUUCGACAUUAAGUGUGGACGAUCAACGAGAAAAAGGUAUGGAGUUGUCUUCACCUGUAUGACCAGUAGGGCAAUCCAUAUAGAGGUAGCCGAGAGUCUUGAGACAAGCUCGUGUAUCGAUGCCAUUCGUCGUAUGAUUAGCAGAAGAGGGCCUAUCAAGAAAUUGUUCUCAGACAAUGGCACCAAUUUAGUGGGAGCCCAGGCUGAACUGAAAAGAGCUCUGAAGGAAUGGAAUGAAGACGAAAUCCUGCAUUUCACUGCUAAUCAAGGGAUAGAGUGGACUUUCAACCCUCCCACUGCUUCACAUCAAGGUGGUGUGUGGGAAAGACAAAUUCGCACCAUCAGGAAAAUACUGCAUGCUAUUCUGACUGAGCAGUAUUUAAGGACUUGUCAAUCUGAGGAACAGCUUCAUACACUGAUGUGCGAGGUUGAGGCAAUCAUUAACAGCAGGCCUCUCACACGAGUCUCUGAUGAUCCAGAUGAUCUGGAAGUAUUGACACCAAACAGUCUACUACUGAUGAAACAGGUGACAGCGCCGCCUCCAGGUAGAUUUACCGGGACAGAUGUCUACGCCAGAAAACGAUGGAGACAAAUGCAGCAUCUUUCUGAUCUUUUCUGGAAGAGAUGGCUACGCGAGUAUUUACCAGCCUUACAACAGCGUCAACGAUGGCAACAACCCGAACGCAACCUACAGAUUGGGGAUGUGGUCCUCAUCGCAGACGAGAUGGCGCCUAGGUGCUCCUGGCUUAUGGGUCGCGUUCUUGAGACACAUCCAGACAAACAAGGUUAUGUGCGUAGUGUUAAGGUGAAGACAGCAACGUCUACAUUCAUCAGACCAGUCACCAAGCUGUGUUUGCUUUUGGAGCAGGAGAUUUAGUGCCAAAAUUUAUAAACAGGGUUAUGCACACCCUGAGGUGUGAGCCUAGCGCCGCCUACUAGAGUUAUAAUUCAUUAUUUGAUAUUAGACAACAGAAAGGGUUAUGCACACCCUCAUUGAAAUUACGCGAUUGAGUAAUUAUCAUCUGCUGAUAGAAAUAACUUCAAAUAAGGGUUAUGCAUACCUUCAGUGAAAAAUCUUCAAGAGCAAAUUGAUUCAGAAACUAAAGAUGUGAAACAUAUAGCAUAACUUUGAUAUUUUGGAUGGAUCAACAUCGUGAGCAAGCAAGAGAAAGUACAGACCACAUGUAUCGUUUUACCAAGUCUAUUUUGAAUGACAGGACAUUAAAAUGCAGGACGUUUAAUACGCAUCCCAAAGGCUUGAUAAAGAUGGACUUGAAGGAAUGAAGGAACGAAAAAGAAAUUAAGAACUCACAGACUUUCAAUUUAAUUUGAUAGCUAUUUGAAUUGUGGACAAUUUUGCAUUCAUUUUAUCUUUUUCUUCGUAAGUGAUGCAAGUGCAGAGCUGCCAAGUAGUACUGAUUUUUCAGUAUUUAGUACUUAAAAGUGAGAAAAAUACUGAUAGUUAAAUGUAAAAUGCUGAUUUCUAAAGUUUCAGCUUUAUUUGUUCUUUGGUAUUUUUGAAAAUACUGAUUUCCUCUCUGAAAUACUGAUUUUCAACUUUAAAAAUACUGAAAUGUUCUUUUUUCAGGUUGGCAACUCUUUAAGUGUAUGAUUUUGACCAAUUCAACAAGAAUUUGUCUAUUUUUUCAUAUGCAAAUUUUCAGGUAAAGAAUCUGAUUUGGAAGUAAUAGUGCAGUUGUUGCACAGUUUAAUUAUUUAGACAAACUGUCUGGACAUAAGACUAAGUUUACUAUUUUGGAGCCUGUGGAUAAGGCUACAAUUCAAGGAAACAAAUUUGAACAAAAUUAAAGGGAUAAAUAAAUAAACCCUCUGGUCUGAAAUUUAAGACUAGUCAUGUUUAAAUUUGGUAGAAAGACUACUCAUUGUAGUUGAGUCUAGAGAAAAGACUAUUUGGUUUUGAAUUAAGUGCAAAAAUGCCAUAUGCAAAAGGCUACAGCACUACUUUUCCUUUCAGCCAGAUUCUUGCCAUACGUAAAUAUUCCAAUGUAUGCAAAACCAGGCUAAAUAUUGCAUGUAUUGAUUCAUGUUUUAUCAUGUUUAUUAGUUUUGCAGGAAAAUCACCUGAUUACUUCAUUUAUUUUUAUAAAAAAAAACAAAAACAAAAACAAAAAGUAAAAAACCAAAGGUGUCAAAGGACCAUGUACAUUUAUGAUGAUCGAUUUGACCAAAGAGCUGUACAAAUAUAAUUUGGGGCAGACUUUAAAGUUUGUCAAAAUCAGAAAGUAUUGAGUAGAAUAUAUUUGCCCUAGUUUUUCAAAGGUAUAUUCAUUUUCAAACUUGAAAUUGUUAAAGGGGCCGGAAAAGAUGGUCACUUCAUUUUUUUGAAAACAGCAUAAAGUCAAGAGUACAUUAUUUAGACUUAGUGAACAAAGGUAAUGAUAAUUAGCACUUGACCUUUUCAGAGGUGAUGACAUGAUGCAUUGAAAGGAAGUAUGAAUGUCAUUGUAUUGGAAUUUAAGUUACCAUAGCAACCUAAAAAAUUGUAAGAGAAGCAAAAAUUCAGAACUGAUUUAUUUUUCCUUUGGUUUGUAAAUGAUGAGCCUUAAGCUCCCAUUUAAGGGGCCGGGAUGUAAAUACGAGCUUCUGAAUUUUUGCGAUGACGUCAGAAGCGAGAGUUUUGGAUUCGUUUCACGAACAUGCCGAGUGAGGGCGUACUUGAUUUAUCGAGGAUCUAAAUUUUCUAUGAGAUAGAAUGAAAGUCAUUUUGGGAUUGUUUCUAAAAUUCAUGUUAAUCUGGAGAUGCCAAUGUUGUAAGUUGAAUUUAUCUUCAUAUUUCCGUAGUAUAAUCUUUAGUUUAAUGAUUAGUGUCAGUAGAGGUAUAAAAUAUGAUCAUAUACAAUGUGUAUUUUUGGUUCAAAAUUUGGCAUUAUCACAUGAAAUACGUGAUUCGUUAUACGUGGUACAGCGUAUGCGAUAAAGCAUCAACUUGUAUGAGCUUCCGAAGGUUAUAGAUGAAAGUGAAGCUAGAUUUAGAUAACUGAAGUGUUUCAUAGAAAGCUUUGAAAUGUAAAACCAGCCAAGUGAAACAGUAUAUGAAUGAAUGGCUAUCGUAAUGCACAUUAGGUGACCUUUUGACAUGUUUGAAACAUUUCUAGGAAUUAAAGGGCUUGUUAGCUAUUGUGUAUGACUGCAGUGUAGGGCAGGCAGUGCAUGUGUAUGUUAUGGGUUAAUAAGACUGAAUGUCAUAGAUAUUUGCAUUUGACGAGACACAAGACAAAUUAGGCAAGACAUGCAUAUUUUGUGGGCAUUCAGCAGAUAUAAAUUUAUUUUGGAUAAAUACAUCACAUACACAUGCAAGGUCAUUACAGCAGAUGUCAAUUAUAAAAACAAGAUAAAUAAAGAAUUUGUAGACUGAGGCACAGGUGUAAAGUCAGAUUAUUAUGCAGGGACUGACAAAUAUUCAUUUCUAAUGAGUGGGUUUAUAUACGAGUUAGAUUAUUCAGAAAUACAAAGUUUACAUAUUUAUGGCGACACGUUUAUUUCAUGACAGUUUGUUAACUGACAACUGAUACAUUGUAUAUCUUUUUCUGUGUCAUUGAAUUACAGAUUGAACAGUUCAAGUUCAAGUUCAAGUGAGAGAUUGUAACUGCAAUGGUCAUUAAAGUCUUUAA